AUGGGCCAGUUCAAAUAUUGGUUAGGGAAGUUGCGGGCUCACACGGAGCCAGGAUUGACAACAGCCCAACUCAUGUUGACCAACGAUGACCUUCGACCAGUUGAAUCAGAGCGCCGUCAAUGGAGAUGGCUCAACUUCGUUGCCUUUUGGAUCGCGGACUCUUUAAAUGUGAACACCUGGAUGAUCUCAUCCUCCAUGAUUGUCGAUGGCCUGUCUUGGUGGCAGUCCUGGCUUUGCGUAUGGAUCGGCUACAGCAUUGCUGCAAUCUUUGUCUGUCUACUUGGUCGAAUCGCUACUAUUUAUCGAAUUCCCUUCGCAGUGACAAACAGAGCCUCAUUUGGAAUAUGGGGCUCUUUCUGGCCAAUUCUGAAUCGUGCGGGUAUGGCUGUUAUAUGGUACGGGGUCCAGACAUAUCUUGGAGGCGAAUGUGUGACAUUGAUGAUCCAAGCCAUCUGGCCAAGCUACGCAAACCUCCCCAAUACUAUGCCCGCUAGUGCAGGAGUGACAACAAAGCAAUUCGUCAGCUUCUUCCUAUUCUGGUUGGGAUCCCUGCCUGCCCUUUGGUUCCCAAUUUAUAAGAUUCGACACCUUUUCACCGUCAAGGCAUACUUUUCUCCAGCAUGUGCCAUCGCCUUCUUUGGCUGGGCAAUCGCUCGCGCCCAUGGACUGGGUCCUAUCAUGACUCAGUCAAAUACUGCUCAUGGCAGUGCCUUGGCAUGGGUAUUUGUGAAAAGUAUCAUGAACUGUAUUGCCAAUUUUGCUGCAUUAGUGAUCAACAACCCCGAUUUUGCGCGAUAUGCAAGCAAGCCGACGGAUGCCCUGUGGCCUCAGUUGAUUACUAUUCCGGUUGGAUUUGCAAUCACCUCUUUCAUUGGAAUUGUUGUUUCUUCUUCUGCAACUGUUAUUUUCAAUCAAUCGGUCUGGAAUCCUCUGACUCUAUUAGGGAUGUUUUUGGAGGAUGCCAGCUCGGCAGAGAGGUUUGGGAUCUUUAUCAUUGCCAGUGGAUUUGCUUUGGCGCAGCUUGGUACGAAUAUUGCUGCUAACUCAGUGUCUGCCGGAACAAACUUGACGGCUUUGUUGCCACGAUUCUGUACUAUCAGGCGAGGAGGGUACAUAUGUGCUGCCAUUGGUCUUGCUAUGUGUCCCUGGACACUUGUUGCCUCAUCCAGCAAGUUCACCCUCUACCUCUCAGCCUAUUCGGUCUUUCUAUCAGCAAUCGCAGGCGUGAUGGCCAGCGAUUACUACCUCGUGCGCAAGGGCUAUCUCGAUAUUGAGGAUCUUUACAGUGCACGCAAGGACGGUGCUUAUUAUGGGAUCUAUGGAGUCUCAUGGCAUGGAUAUGCCGCCUACUUCUGCGGCAUUCUGAUCAAUAUUGUUGGAUUUGCGGGUGCCGUGGGGGUGAAUGUUCCGCAGGGCGCAAUAUACAUCUACGACAUUAACUACUUUUCUGGAUUCAUUAUAUCCGGUUUAGUUUAUUGGCUUCUUGCUAAGCUGGUCCCUCUCCCUAAAAUCAGCAAAACCUGGAACGAAGUCCCAUACGAGAUGCGUCUGGAUGCUGAAGAGAAGAAAGUGGAGGAAGCCUGA